GGGCAGCGACGGGCGGAGGAGCUUCUCGCGAGGAGGAAUUCUCGCCCCUUGAAGCUUCGCUGCCAGACCCCGACAGCGGUUUUACGAAGCAGUCGUGAAGAAGGAAGAGGUGGAGGAGGAGGUUGGUGUGGUGGAGCAGACGCAGAAGGGCACCGCUCCGGUUUUCGUCGGAGCGGACCUAGACCGCACAAUGGAGCCUCAAUCGCCCACCACGGAAGCGGCGGGAGUCCGUGGGGGCCCCGAUGACGAUCCCCCCACCGCGGAGAGGGAGAUGGGCCAGCUCAACUGGUCCCGCGCGAGACCCUCCACGGUGCCCCCCAAGACGUGGGCUCAAGAAUGGGAGAGUGAGGAGCGCUACUUGGGAGUCAAGGUGCGGAAGAAGAAGGGAGGUCGGAGGCAUUACACAGACGACCCUGGCAGGGAGUGGUUCACGCUCAAGUUCGAUUUGCCCAAAGACCAGGGAACGGAAGUGGUCCCAGCUGUCAAGGAGAAGUCGCUCAGGGAGACGCUGAGUCCCAUCUUCUUACGGAGGGGCCUGAGUCUGGGCCGCGUCGAUGUCUUCCUGGACCACUCGAGCACGCCGCUCUGCCUCGACUUUGAGACGUUCCCUUUCGGAGGACGGCACCUCGCGGUCAAGGCCAAGGUUCCCGAGGGCAGCAGCAGCAGCAGCAGCAAGUCCCGGCGCAUGAGCGUGGCGUGUCCCUCCUUCCUGCUCAGCUCCCUGCGUCUCCGCAGUGUGAGCAGCACUGCGCUCAACGGACCCCCGCGACACCCGGGGGACCGGCCCGGAUCAACGCGCUCCGGGAGGAGACCCCGCUCGGAACAGACGACCCCCGUGGCGGGGAGGAGCCCCUCGAGGGAGCCCCCCCAAGCCGGCGAGGGGGGGGUCCCAGCGGUGCCCGCGGAACCAGCGGCACCGGGACUCGAGCCGUCGACCCCCUGCCGGAGGCGCAAGAACAUGGCGUCGUACCUGGGGGACGUGAUGGUCCCCUUGGAGAAGUGGGGGCCCCCCGAGGGGGCCGCCCCGACCCCCGCGGGGAGCCCCGUGGACGGGAGCAAGGUGCGGCAGGGGGGGGCUCGCAUCGGUGGCAUCUUCGGGCCCGGAGGAGCCGUGGUGAAGGACUCGGACCGGCUGGAGAUCCUCCGGGGCCGCCUCUCGGCCUUCGAGCUUCACGGCCUUCCCCGGCCUCGCGACGCCGCCGAGUGGAGCGAGCCGCUGCCCGACCUCGAAGCCUCGUGGACACAAAUCUGCCACGACCCCAAGGUCAAGCUCACCACGAGCCUGAGCCACCGGAGCUACCAGCAGCAGGAGGCCACGUGGGAGCUGUUCAGCACCGAGAUGUCCUACAUGCGUAGCCUGCAGCUCCUGUGCGACCUCUUCAUCAGCUGCCUGCUCAACCUGCAGGAGACGGGGCUGCUCAGAGAGGUGCAGGUGGAGCGUGUGUUUGUGAACGUGCCACAGCUGCUGGCACUGCACAAGGGGCUGUGGCGGGAGCAGCUGGCGCCCGCGCUCCAGCGGUCGCGCUCGUUGCGCGCGCCGCUCCGCCCCGCUGACCUCCUCGGGGCUUUUACCGGGUUCCGUGAGCGCUUCGAGCCGUACCUGCAGUACUACCUGAGCGAGCAGCAGAGCACGGACUACACCCGCAGCCUCAUCCGCGACAACGAGGUCUUCCGCAUCUACCUCACGUGGGCCGAGUCCCAGAAGCCGUGCAGCCGGCUCAAGCUGCUGGACAUGCUGGCGAGCCCUCACCAGCGCCUCACCAAGUACCCGCUGCUGCUGCGAGCCAUGCUGCACAAGACCGACGCGGAGGGGGACCGCACCGCCCUGCUGGCCAUGGCGGAGAGCGUGGAGGGGUUCAUCGCCGAGGUGAACGCCGAGUUGAAGAUGCGGCAGGAGCAGCGGCGCGUGGCGGGGGUGGCGGCGCGGAUCGAGGCCUACGAGGUGGUGGAGCCUGGCUCCGAGGAGGUGGACAGGAUCCUGCUGGAGUUCAGCUGCCUGGACCUCAUGGGCCCCAUCCCGGGGGUGGGGCGGUCGCGGUACCGCGAGGUCGUGCUCGAGGGACCCCUCAAGAUGAGGGACGGCAGGGACCGGCUGGACGUGCACUGCGUACUCUUCACGGACCUGCUGCUCGUGUCAAAGUGGACGCGGCGCGGCGAGAAGACUCGAAUCAUCCGGCCCCCCAUGGCCGUGGACCGACUCGUGUGCAGGGAGCUCCGAGACCCGGGCUCCUUCCUGAUCGUGUACCUCACCGAGUACGGGACCGUGUCGGCAGCUUUGGCUUUCCAGGCCAGCGGAGUCCCAGCUGCCCAGGAGUGGGUGGAGGCCCUCUCGGCCGCCCAGGUCUCCCUCGCGAGCGUGCGCGCCCAGGAGAGCGAGCGGCGCCGUCUGAGCAACGAGCCGGACCUGAGCCUCAUCCCUGUGUUCAGCCUCGUGCAGGCGCACAGCACCGCCCCCCCCCACGGGACCCCCGACCGGUCCAUGCCGUUCGUCGCCCCACCCCGACUCGUGCUCACCACGUCGGGCGACUCGGAGAGCGAGGAGGGGCCCUCCUCGGCGAGCCUGCCCAUCGACGACUCCUAUGGCGCGGGGCUCAGCUUCUCGUUCCUCCACGACCCCUCGGAGCCCUCCGGGGGGGACGGUGCGGGUGCCCCAGGAGGCGGAAGAGGAGCGGGAGGACAAGGAGGAGAUGAAGCGGGUGGAGGAGACGAUGGAGACGGAGGAGGAGGAGGAAGCUUGGACUCGGACCACCGCCACGCUUCCUGUCGCGCUCCAUCACUGACGGACGCCGCCGACCCGUGCCGCCGCACCGUCGGCUCGCGGCCCCCGCGGCGCCGGCAGCUCCCGGCGGAGAGCACCGCCGCCUCCAUCAUGCGCUGGAAGUCGGAGCACAGCCUCCCGCACAUGGGCGAGGACGUGAUGCCGUGCAGCUCCGCCGACGACUUCGCGUCCCACGACGCGCCACCGCCGCCGCCUCGCUCGCUCCUCCGGCGGCAGCAGCAGGAGCCGCCGCCGCCGUUCUGCCGUAGCAUGACCGACGUGUCCUGCGACACGGGCGGCGGACGAUCGCCCGCGACCUCCGCGUCCGGACUCUCGCUCGACCCCGAGAACUCGAAGUUCAGGUCCCUGUCCGACUGCAGCCUGGUGCCGGUCGCCCUGGCGGACCCCCUGGACUGUGCGAGCAACCCAGCCGGGCACCACCACCCCCACCACCACCCCCCGCGUGGUGGUGGUGGUGGUGGAGUCCCCGGGGUGGCGGGCAGGGCGUCGGGCAGGGCGCGACCUCCGCAGGUCUUCUCGGGCAGCCCCAGCAAGGUCUGCAGGGCGGGCAGCAGCACCGAGCUGUCCGACAGCAUGGAGUUCGGCCUCGAGUGAGGCGGGAACCCGACACGGACCCGGCCCGGGGGGAACGAGAAAUGGGGGGACGUUGCGAGAAGUGACGGGCGUACGUCCGUACGUACGUGGGUUGGUGUGGGUCUCGGAGCGCGGGUGCGUACGCGUGUUUGCGCACUUGUAUAUUGGUGAGUGGUUGUGUGGUGAGUGUGUGUGGAUAUGGAGCGGUGGAAUAGCGGUUAGCAUGCUACACUACAAACCCAGCAACCCGGGUUCGAUUCCCGCUCACGGUCGACACCAAUAACGAUUAUCUGAACUGGUCCUGGGCAAUUCAGCCUCAAAUUAGUAUUUGGUGCAGUGUGUGAACAUCGCCACUGGGGAGACAAAGGUGGCUGGGCGUGGUGCUGGCCACCAACCCCCUCGUUUGCCGUACCGGCCUUCAUAGAUGCUCGCUAACAGCAUUUGCCCCAAUAGUCUGUUGAGGCUAUACGGGGGGGGGGGGACCUUUGUCUUUGUCAUCCCAACCAGUCAACCCAUGGCACCUGGGUCUGCCCCGUGGCCGCCUCCUAGAAUCGAAAACCUUCCACACUCGACGUGAUAGCUUCAAAGGGCACCUACAAUCUGGCUCAAGCGCCAUGGUGACAUAAUCACCACUUCGUGGUGAAUGUUGGCCGCUGUUGUUGUUGUUGUUGGAUGUGCCUGUGUAUGGAUGUGUGUUGGUGUUCGUGCGUGCUUUUGCGCAUAUUACGCUGGGUAGCACAGUGCAUUAAUACCAUUAUAGUUGCAUGGCUAAAAAAACGUGCACACAUGGAAACCCAUCCACACGGCCACUGGAGAAGAUUGGCCAUGCCGGAACCGGGAACGAAUACAAGUGAACGGGUGAACGUGCAUGUAGCCGUACAGGUACACAAUGCAACCGUGCAUGUAUACAGAUGCACGGGUAUUCGGGGCUGCUGCAGAACCUGCUAUAGGUUAGCUGGUGCGCAUGUCGUCGGGGUUUACUGCUGCACAGGUGUGUAAUUGUUUACAGGUGUACAGGUAUAAUGGUGUGCCGGUGUUGUGGAGGUUUACAUGUGUCAAAUGUGUAAAGGUGUACACGCGUAAAGAGUUGGUGUCCAAGGUGUUCGCACGCACAGGUAACGACUGGGAGUACGGGCAUUCCGCUGUCCAGAUGCACAGGGGCUGUGAAGGUGUUCGGGUUUGUCGUGCACAGGUGAAGGGCCCUGAAGAAUUUUCGAUUUAAAGCUUUCGUGACUGCAGGGAUUCAUAUUCUUGGUUCUUUCGGUAAAGUCACGUAGAAGGGAAAUAAUAAAAUAAGAAAAAUAAAACAGUAAAAUUCUCACGACGUUUCCAUUGCAACACAAGCAAUCAUCAUCAGGUGUGAAAACCACAUGAAGAAAAUUGUGUUUUUCACACCUGAUGAUGAUGAUUGCUUGUGUUGCAAUCGAAACGUCGUGAGAAUGUUAUUGUUUUAUUUUUAUUAUUAUUUCCCUUCUACGUGAUUUUACCGAAAGAAUCAAGACAUAUGAGGCCUUGAAGAUGUUCACGUGCAUUAGGCGUGUUGCACCGGUGUCAAUAAGCUGUAACCUGUAUGUGUACAUCGGUGUGCAUGUAUCGUGGGGAUGGGUCGGUUCCAGCUUGGACUCGAACCCAUUCUCUGAGACCAGCGCGGGUGGAAGCCCGUGAGCUGUGAGACGUCUCCGACCCAGAGGCACUGCUGCUUUUCUGCCUUCCCUGACCCUGGAUGAGUGAACGAGUGGACAUAGUCUCCAGAUUGAACCUGGACUCGAAUCCCGACCCAGCUUAAUGUGAAGGUGAAUGAAUUAAUGAAUGAACGGGCCCAGUUGCCUCUGCUGGGAUGGAGGGAAUGAGGUAUUUUGUAUAAAAUGUGGUGGCGACCCGGGCAGCGUGAUUCAAGAUGUGGCAGAGAUGCGUGUGAAUCGCAUCGAGUGUGUGAUUCUGCGUGUGAUUCUGCGUGUGUGUGUGUGAUUCUGUGUGUGUGUGUGAUUCUGCGUGUGUGAUUCUGCGUGUGUGCGUGUGUGAUUCUGCGUGUGAUUCUGCGUGUGAUUCUGCGUGUGAUUCUGUGUGAUUCUGCGUGUGUGUGUGUGAUUCUGCGUGUGAUUCUGCAUGUGUGUGUGUGAUUCUGUGUGAUUCUGCAUGUGUAUGUGUGUGAAUGAGUCUUUGUUGUGCAGGUCGUCUCGACCUCAAAUGAAGAACCCGGUGCGAUGCGUAAACAUCGCCACUGGGGAGACAAAGGCGGUCGAGCGUGGUGCUGGCAACCCCCACUCGCUCGUAUUCCGUUACUGGCCUUCAUAGGUGCUCGCUAACAGCACUUGCCCCAACAAUCUGUUACAGGCUAUACGGGGGAUCUUUUUUUGUCUUCAUCUCCGAGUCUGUGUGUGGGGCUGCGUGGUGUUUAAAUAAAACAAAUCAACUUCAAUUCCCCCUUUUAGGGCACCACGAGGUGUGUGUGCGCGUGUGUUCUCGGCCGUCUCGUGUCGCCACUGUCAGUCUCCGCGUUUGACAUUCAACGUCGCGCCGCCGUGAUCGUUGUCGUGUUCGACGUGAUCGUUGUGGAGCGCGCGUGGGAGCCGUGUCCCUACGAUGCUGGGCGUGGACUGCCGAUGUAAGGCGUUACUGUGUUGUAAGUGCGAGUGCGUCCGUGUGUGUGAGAUCUCUGUGCGGCGGUGUGUUUUGGCCGUGGGGCCGUCUCUGCGCAUGAUUUGUGUAGUUUUUUGUGUCUGUGCAGGGCUGUGUCCUGUGCGCGAGUGUCUUUCAUCUGAUUUGGGUUUGUGUGUGGGAAUGCGUGGUCUGUGUGGGUGUUUGUGUCUGAUUGUGUGAUAUCUGUGGGUUUGUGUGUGUGGGAGUGUGUGAUGUAUGUGGUAGCUGUGGGUUUGUGUGUGUGUGGGAGUUGACUUGCCGAUGACUGGUACCAGCGGUGUCAAGAUCGGCCUCUGUGGAGGAGGCUCGUGAAGGACGCUACUGGGCAGUUGGAGGCAGUCGCCCCCAACAACAACGGAGGGCGGAGGAGCGACGCUCACAACAACGAACGGAGCGCCGGAUAGCUAAAGCACAGCAAGUUGGCACAGUAGGGGGCACAGGUGGUGCAUCAGCCAGUCAUCUCAGUCGACCCGUGGCACCUGGGUCUGCCCCGUGACCUCCUGCCAGCGGGCGUUCGACACUUCACGUGGCCUCAAGGUGCACAUAGCCUGGCACGAGCGCCGUGGUGACGUCACCCCCAAUUAGUGGUGAAUGGCGGUUGUUAUUGUGGGAGUGUGUGAUAUCUGUGGGUUUGUGCGUGUUGAAUUUGUGAUAUCUGUGGGAAUUUGUGAUAUCUGGUGGGUUUGUGGGAGUGUGUGACCUGUGGAUACGCGUCAUUCCGUGGACCUGCCUGUGUGCUCGAGUGUAGGACGGUGCAGCGAUGCUGUUGCACGUGUCGGUGGGCGACAAAUCCCUGUUUGACAAAUGUGUUGUGGGCGAUGCGGCGGAGGAGGAGGAGACGUGGCGAGGCGCGGUGUUUAAGCAUCCUCUCGU